CAUUGUGUGAAAACGUGCUCACCAUGGGAGUCCAUCAGCCCUAUCAAAAUGUCUUCUCCAUGCACACAGAAGACUGGCCCUCAGGACUCUGGCGAACAUCUCCAGGCAGCAAAUCAGAAAAAACUGAAGACACAAGUCCCCGAUGUAGGAUCCUGGCUGCGUGAGGCGAGUUCUCCAACACAGCAGCACUGAAAGCAGACGUGAUCUUGAAGGGAAAAAGGAAGCAGUUUGUUCGUUCAGUUGGCAUAGGCACAAUAAAUGGUUUGCUGGAUGAAUUACUUGAGAAAAGAGUGCUGAACAAGGAAGAAGUGGAGAUUGUAAGAUCUGGCAAUGCAAUAGUGAUGGAUAAGGCCCGAACUUUGGUGGAUGGCCUCAUUGGAAAAGGACCCAAGGCCUGCCAAAUUUGUAUCAGUUACAUCUGUGAAGAAGAUUGCCACCUUGCUGGGACACUGGGGCUCUCCUCAGGUCAACAAACUGACAAUAACUCUCACGAAGUAUUUUCUUCUUCCUCAGCUUCUCAGGAAGUACAGUUCAACCAAGCUGUGUUCACAUCCCCAGGACCAGGAGGAGGGCUCCAGCUUUGCCCUCUGGAGACAGCCAAAAGAAUAUUGAAAGACAAGUCAGCGGAGAUUUAUCCAAUAAUGGAUAAAUUGAACCGCACACGUCUUGCCCUCAUUAUCUGCAACACAGAAUUUGAAAGUCUUUCAAGAAGGAACGGAGCUGAAGUUGACAUCAGAGACAUGAAAAUGCUGCUAGAAGGUCUGGGAUAUCAAGUGAUUGUGAGAGAAAAUCUCACUGCUUUGGAAAUGGCUGAAGAGGUGAAGGCAUUUGCUGCUCAGCCAGAGCACAAGACUUCUGACAGCACUUUCCUUGUGAUUAUGUCUCAUGGUAAUCCGGAUGGCAUCUGUGGAAAGAAACACUCUGCAGAAAUCUCAGAUAUAUUGAAAGUUGACACCGUCUUUGCAAUAUUGAACACUAAGAACUGUCCAAGUUUGGGGGACAAGCCCAAAGUGAUCAUCAUCCAAGCCUGCCGUGGUGAGAGCGAAGGAGUGGUGUGGCUAAAGGAUUCAACAGGAGAUGCUGGAAACCAGAUAUUAUUCAAUUCAGAAGAUUUUGAGAAUGAUGCCAUUAAGAAAGUCCAUGUAGAGAAGGAUUUUAUUGCUUUCUACUCUACAACACCAGAUAAUGUUUCUUGGCGGCAUCCCAAAUGGGGGUCUGUUUUUAUUACAAAACUCAUCAAAUUUAUGCAAGAAUAUGCGUGGUGCUGUGAUCUCCAGGAAAUUUUCCGAAAGGUUCAAUUUUCAUUUGAAAAUCCAGAUCGUUUUGCACAGAUGCCUACUACCAACAGAGUGACUUUGACAAGACAUUUCUAUCUCUUCCCAGGACAUUAAAAUACAUAAGUUGUAUUAAUAUCUGUGUGUAGGUUCGUAUGUGUAUGGUGAAGGGAAGACAGAAUUGGGAGAAGAGUACUGCGAUCCAAUCAUGGCCUGAUAAAAUGAAGGGAGAGUACUGAAAGAAUAUCUCUUUUUCUAUUCAGCUCAGAGCACAUUGCUUUUAAAGUUCUGCAGAAGUGAAUGGCUAUUCCUUAGGGAAAAUACUAUAAAUCACAAGGUAGUUAGAAGAUUUUGAAAGCCCACUUUAGGAUGUGCUUCCCCUUAGGGGAACAUUUAAACCUUUUCAUGUGUAUGUCCCAUUGGGUAACAGACCUUACCACUUACAUAUCUUUUAGCACAACUUUUUCUUAUGUUUGUGUUAUCUCUUUUUCUGUAAGAAGACAGGAGUUCUAUCUUUCUGUACUGGUGCUUAGAAA